AUAAGACUGCGCUGCGCUGCUGCCUCUGUUGUGAUUCGGCUAAUAGAAAAAGACACUAUUGUAAAUAGUGACACGCUAUUAUAAAGAUGGCGUUUAUUAAAGAGGAGAGUGAAGACAUGAAGAUUGAAGAAACGUUUAGAGUGAAACAAGAAGAUACUGAGGAACAAACAGACCUAAUGCAGCUGAAAGAAGAGAGUGAAGAACUGAAUGAAAUGGAAGAAAAAGAUCUGUAUGAGAAACAUUGUGAUUUCAUAAAUGGAGAAAAUUAUUUUAGUUGCUCAGGGAUCGAAAAGGCUUACUCACGAAAAAGAGGUCAAAAGACAGGAGCUACAAGUAAUGUCAACUGCCAACAGUGUGGAAAGAGUUUUGGUAAAUAUGACUACAUUAAAGUUCACAUGAGAAUUCACUCUGGAGAGAAGCCUUACUCUUGCCAACAAUGUGGAAAAAGUUUUACUCAAAAAGGACACCUUAAAGUCCACAUGAGAAUUCACACUGGAGAGAAGCCUUUCUCCUGCCAACAGUGUGGAAAGAGUUUCACUGAAAAACGGGGCCUUAAAGUCCACACGAGAAUUCACACUAGAGAGAGUCCUUACAAGUGCAAACAGUGUGGAAAAAGUUUCACUGAAAAAUACAGCCUUAAAACCCACAUGAAAAUUCACACUGGGGAGAAGUCUUACACGUGCCAACAGUGUGGGAAAAAAUUCCUUCGAAAAGAAAGCCUUAAAAACCACAUGAAAAUUCACACUGGAGAAAAGCCCUACACCUGCAAGCUGUGUGAAAAGUGUUUUACACAUAAACAAUCCCUUGAUUUCCACAUGAAAACUCACACUGGAGAGAAGCCUUACACCUGCAAACUGUGUGAGAAGAGCUUCUUACGGAAAGAUAGUCUUAAGACUCACAUGAAAAUUCACACUGGAGAAAAGCCGUUUGUAUGUGCUCAGUGUGGAAAGAGUUUCAAUCGUAAAGAAACACUUAAUUCCCACAUAAGAAGUCACACUGGAGAGAAGCCUUACACCUGCAAACUGUGUGGGAAGAGCUUCUCACAACAAGGAAACCUAAGGACCCACAUGAGAAGUCACACAGGAGAGAAGCCAUUCGUAUGUGAUCAAUGUGGGAAAAGUUUCUGCAUUAAAGUAAACCUUAAUAUCCACAUGAGGAUUCACUCGAGAGAAACUGUUUAACUGUCAUUAGUGUGGAAUGAGUUUCAAAAAAGAAAUAUGUAUCUGUUAAAUCUGUGUAUAUCUAUGUUCACACUGCAACUGAAUGUUGGCCAAAUCUGA